AUGUUAUUGAGAAUAUUCAUGAGUAAGUUGGACCUGUGGGAAACAUUUGUCGAUAUAAAUCUCAAGGCCUUUGAGAUCAGCAGAAUGCAAGUUAUAUCUCAUAUUGCAAGUCUGAUUCAUAGAAGCAUUGCCUUUGUUGUGGGAAGCUAUCAUUCACCCCUUGACAGACACGGUGAGCCAAUAAAGUUUGUAGGAAUGAGAAGAUUACUUUGCGAACAUGGAUUUAAUAUUUGUCUGAUCGAGAAUGUAGCUUCGUUACAGUUUGAGCAUCGUUUGAGAGGCAUAUAUAUAACUCUCAGUAAACUCAUACGUCUCAUUCAAUUUGGAACUACUCUGAGCUUAAGAAAGGCUGUCCCAAAUGGUCGUCAUAGGAAGAUGCUUUGUGUCGAUUAUAAAAACAUGGUGGGCAAAAGGUGGCAUAUUAAGAGGGUAUCUUCACUUUUGAUAUAUAACAGCGAAAACAAAUGCGAAGGAUUGGGAUUGAAACAUAAAAAAUAA